AUGGCUCCUGACCGCUCAGCAAGAGGGAAUCAUCAAGAGUCCACACCUUACUCAACUCAUUCGCCUACCAGUUCAUCAAAUUCGUCUCGCCGGUAUCCCAUCCAUGAGCGAUACGAUCCUCACCCCGGCAUAAUCUUUUUAAAACCUCCGAGCAAACGUGGAGACGAGAAACGACUGGGUUCGUGGCGCUCUUCCAGUUCAAUCAAAGUCCAAGAGCGUAUUUGGCGAGCGAUAUAUCAAGAUAUGUAUAUCCUUGACCACGCUACUGUGGUCAGUGCCUCGCAUAAGGAAUUUGCAGUAUCCGGUACUACCUACUACGUUUUUAAAGUUAUCAUAAAUCAAUUACCCAGUUGCACCUGUCCGGAUUGGCGCAAAGGAUAUAUCUGCAAGCAUAUCUUAUUUGUGUUCAUCAAAGUGCUUAAAGUACCACUAGUAUCACCGUGGUUCUACCAGAAGGCUCUCUUGACUAAAGAGGUUGAAAGAAUCUUCUCUAAAGCUCCAGAAAUCAAAUAUCCUGUUGAUCCAAUAGCUCGGCGUUUGUGGAACGCCUAUGCUGCCAAGAAGCGCGAGUCUCAGACCAAUGAUUCCGAAGAGGUCCCAUCACAACGAAGGCCCAUUGAAGAAGGAGAUGAAUGUCCUAUCUGCUAUGAAAAUCUACCGUGCAACUCGACCCAAGGUCUGGUCUUUUGUGUCAAAGGUUGUGGGAAGGGAUUGCAUGAACAUUGUGUUCAAGACUAUGUCAAAACUCUCAGAAAUGACGGCAAGAAGGUCAUCUGCGUUUACUGUCGAGCAGAUUGGAAGAUGCCAGGAUCCGAGUUGGAUGGGAGUUACAAGGGCGGCUACGUCAACCUUGGAAGAGCUGCAGGGCUCGGUUACGUCUACCCACAUCGCUAUGCUCCUCAACAAUUUCUUGACAUACAGCGUAAUCUUGCGUGGACACCUAUGGAUUGUAUCAUGGAUGCACUACCUCUUCCUUUUGCCAUAUGCCUGCAUUAUAUGUUCAUUUGA